UGGACUAUUAGUAUCAAACAGAAAAGCCAACCAACCAGCUUAACCACGUUCCUGAGUGACUAUAUACACCGCGUGAAAGGAAACGAUACCAUAAUGCAGCGCUAUACACGAAGCAUACCCCAUACAGCAUUUGCAGUCAUCUGGGUAAUACUAUAUAAUCAGAGGUAGCUGUGGAAACACCUGGGCAAACCUAUCUGUAGGAGCGGCCCGUAUGAGCUGUGUACGUUCCUCACACAGGUAGCUACUGACUACAUGACUACUGAGGAUUGUCGGUAAUCACGUAUUUCGUUGGACGUGGAGGGGGAUAACGUGGAUUUAAGUAACUUGUUCACUAUGAGAAAGAAGAGGUUGUUCUUUGCUCUGCUGGUCACGGGCGUCACUCUCCUGUUUAUCAUGGUCAGCUGGAACUACAAACUACUCUUUCGAGAUACCGACUUGGCACGGCCCUAUGUAAACCGCAGGCAUACCCGAUUCAGAAGCAAGGGUGGCCGAUGGAUUGUUCUGUCUGUCGACUCUGUCCAUCAGACCAACGUGUCUUACCUUGAUGACGUCACAGGCUGGAAUAUAGUGGUAUCAGGUACCCAGCGAUACCUGGAUGGUUGCCGGAAACCAAGGUGCACCUACGUUCACCCCGGAAAUAUCAAGUCAUUACCGUUCGCCUCAUUGAAGCACGUCGGAGAAAACGGCUACCCCUUGAAGAACCUAGCCUACCUCUAUGCAAUGUCGAAAUCGGCGGAGGUUAUCUACGAUUUGGAAUAUGGCGUCAAACCCAUUGUUCCAAUGGACAACUUCAUCUACAGUGAUCAUACUCAUGGCCUUAUCUAUGCUGGCAACACCACAUUCCACCACUACAAACAUUUUGGUCAACCGUAUUUGCAUCCAAUGGGAUUUCCUACAUCUGUUAAGGAGGCACAAUCUAAACGGUUUGAUCUGUGCUACGUCCCCACACCUCCAAUACAACAAGGCAUCGCUAGUGGGGAAACGCCUCUUUACCAUGAACAGAGACAAAAAGUACUAAAAAUCAGCAGAGAAAAGACUCUGGAUCUUCAGUUCGAUGCAAUGGCACCCCCUGCAUUUUUCCCUCCGGGAAGAUUUUCUGUAGUCACAUCCGGUAAUACACUUUUUACUCGUAAAGCGUUCUGGCUAAUGCUUCUUCCGUCUUCAGGAGAUUCAGUAUUGGAUGGUGUGAUUCGAGGCUAUUUGUCUCAGAGGCUGCUAUGGGAGACUGGUAAUUAUAUUGGCAGUAUGGGAGUUACGGCAAUGCGAAAUAGUAGUCCAGGGUUUAAGAUUGAAAAUAGAGACAAAUUAGUAUCGAAUACUGUCAAUAUGUUAGUGAAGGAAUUACAGAAGUGGAAAUGUGAUUCCUCUAAAACUUUACUGGAAUGUUUCGAUAGUCUUGUACGGUUUAUUGUGGAUAAACAUUCCAUACCUAAAACUAACGUUGCUGCGGUGGAAACAUGGAUAAAUGAUUUACGCUUAAUGAAUCUCCUCCGUGAUACUCGACGAAUGGAUUUCAGUGAUGGGAAACACUUUUCUAAAGGUAUGAACUGUACCAAGAUGUACUUUACCCCGAGUCAACACAAUCAUAAGAUAUACAAUCUGACGUCAAUGUCCGUGGUAGCAAAGCCACCCUGGGACAACAAGCCCGUCUGCCCAGAAGCUGAUGAGGUUAAAGAAGCGCUGAGAAGCAGAUCUCCCGCGAAGUACUUGUUCACCGAUGUGCUGCUGAUUGUGGAGAUAAACUACCCGAAACUUUACUGGACUACAUGGAUCGUAGAGUCGGUGUAUAGGAGAUACUUCCCCAAUAUACUCUUCUGUGGUCCGAGUAUGGGCGCGUUUCUUGGAUCCAGCAGUAAGGAAGUAUCCCAUUUAGAAGGGCUACUUGAUGGAUGGCAUUUCUUGUACGACUGUGUUUCCUAUGCUAUGAAGAUAAACUACCGAGUCAAAGGGUAUCUUCAUAUUGGUGAUGACACUUUUCUACAAAUAUGGAACCUCCAUAAGCUGCCACGAGAAAAUGCAUGGUUUAGUAGUAUACUGAGUCCAUAUAACAGGUCUGUGUUGAUCACUCCCUGGCGGUGGUGGAAGGACGUGGAAGGAAGGGACCAUUAUGAGAAGAUGCUUCUUGAAAUGAAGGACAUAUCUCAAAGAGGGUCCGAAGGCGCUGAGCUGGUUAAUAGGUUUUACACUAUGUAUAUUCGGAACAGAAAAUCACUGGAUCUGAUGUUUGGAUCCACAUGUGACUUCUAUUAUGUUCCCCAUAGGCUGAAGGAGAUGUUUGUGUAUCUCACAUCAUUGUUGAAGAAGCACAGAGUUAUUGUUGAAAUGGGGAUUCCUACCAUACUGCAGGGAUUGGAUAGUCGCGAGAAUAUUGAAUACAUUCCUGGGAAGUUGAUAUUUGGAGAGGACAGGUACAGGUUCCAGGAAUUGUUUACACCCGACGAUUACUUCUUUCAUCCUUUGAAGUUUGGACGUUUUUUGAAGACUGAUGAAGGAAGGAGAUUUUUCUGUGAGAAGCUACAGCCGCUGAUGGAAGGAAGUGUCAUAUUUACCAUGAACAAAACCAAUGCUCAUCAGUAGAUUGUGUUCUAUCUGACUCCAUACGUUGAAUACGUUGUCACGACCAUCCACAGAAACAGACUCCACUGGUUAUAAAAGACAAAUCAGCAUGAAAAGUAUAUGAAUUAGAUCACUCAAAUCACUGACGACAUAAUGUAUUUGUAAAAUGGUUGCCGUGCCCUACAGUCACCAACAGCCACUCAGAAUGUGUGUUGA